ACGGAUGCGCACGCAGCGACGGUGCAGCGGAUGCGCAAAGAGCUCCAGUCCAUCCUCACACACGGCCAUAAUAACCAGCAGCCGCUCCGUUAGGAUCAUCAAAGCAGAAGCAUUACCAAAUAAUUCCUACAGAAAGCAACAUGGUUAAAUUGGGCAGUAACCUGGUGGAAAAGGUGGAAAGACAGCCAUCGCUCGAGGAUGGUUUCGACAACAUCCCCCUCAUCACUCCGCUUGAGGUCAACCAGUUACAGCAGUCAUUCCCCGACAAGGUGAUUGUGAAAACCACAACAGAAUAUCAGCUGAAGGAGAAGAAGAGGAAGCUGUAUGUGCCGAGCAUUAAGAAGCUGAACAUUAACCUUUACGAUGAGAUGUCUGAGAAGGUCAAGCUGACUGGAUUGAUCGUGAUAACCCUGGCUUUCCUGGCGUGUCUGCUGCUGUUGGUCAUGUAUAAAGCUCUAUGGUACGACCAGCUCGGCUGCCCCGAGGGCUUUAUUCUUCAGCACAGGCAUUGCACCCCGGCAGCUCUGGAGAUGUACUACCCCGACCAGGUUUCCAGGGGCAGCCUGUACACCGCCAUGACCCACCUCAACCAGGCCAAGAGGAACAUCCCAGAGAUCUCCUCCCCCUGGCUCCCGCUCAUCAGCGCUCUGAAAGAGGGCCAGAGAGCUAAGGGAGAGGGGAACCACUCAUAAGCAUACAGGGCGAAAAAAGGAAGGGGUGGGUGACGGUCAUACGCGGUAGUUUACACUGGUUGUUCGUUUAAAGGGGUGUUUGAGGCAUGAAUUCAGAUCAGGUCGAAGAAACUGGAUUACUGUAUAUGUAUGUAUUUUGUGUUUUAGACAGACUGAAUUCAGAGAGCGAGAUCCUAUUAAAGAUUAAACGUGACACACGCAUCGUCUUUAAAAGUAGUUAGAUGUGAAACUGGGAAACUUGUGGAAGCUCUUCUGGCUUCUGCAAUACAAGCGCUUUCAGCCUCUCUUCUCACGAUACUCAAUAACUUGCUUAGAAGACGAUUGUAGUUCUUAUGGCAUUUGAAAAGUCACUACGCCACUUUUCGAUGGCACAUCUCACGGUGGCAUUGUGCGUUUAAUAGCUCUGCUUGUAACUUUGCGCCAUUUGUUAGUUAGUUUCUGCUUAUGGUUUCAUUUAAAGUCAUAGCUUAGUGUAAUGAAGUGUGCGUUGGCUGUGAAUUGUGCCCUAAUGAAUUUUAGUGCAACCGUGACAGGAGUGCAUUGGCACGAUAUAGCAGUCCAAAAAACUCUUUCCUUAAUUCAACUCUUAACUACUUGUUGACUUAAAGCAGUGUGUUGUUCAUUUGAAAGAGAAAAACAAACUAUUAACUCUAUGUACACAACUUUAAACAAGACAAUUCCCCCGUUUUACGUGAUUUUUUGUACAAAUAAAUAUGAUUAAAUUAGUAAAGGAAGAAGCGAUUAGUAUGUUUGUUAUACAUUUGCAUGUUUAACCUGUUUGCGACGCCAACACAUAAUAAAGUGCAAAAAAAUAGUUAGAUUAAAAAAAUCAGUAUGUUGAAUGUAAACUAGACUAGUGGUAAUGUUUUGAUGCUAUUUCAUUUUUUUGUGUUUAUUUGUGUGCUAUUGCACACAAACCACCAGCAGCUAUUUAUGUGUUUAAUUAAUGUUGUAAAUUAUUCUUAAAGAAGUUCAAGAAUGUGAUAAACCACCUCGUAAAGGUGCGUGACCUUUCAAUCGUUUCUGUGGACAUCACUUACACGACAAAUGAAUCUGAGCUGUUCUGAAUGUAUAAAGUGACCAUGGCUGUUUGAAAUGUUUCCUCUUUAAGUUUGUUGUAUUUAUUUAUUGUGCUCAGUAUAAAUCCGUUGUGAUCUGUAAACAUUUUCAUUGUUUUACGAUUGCUACAAACGUAGAGUUUUAACAUACGCAAAGUAUUUAUGUAUUUAUCUUAUCAUUUAUCCUAUCAGUUUUAAUGCAGGAUAGAUUAAGAGACGUUCUUGCAAAUUAUAAUUCCUGGAGUAUUAAUAGUCAUAUCUGUGUGUGACAAACUUGGAUUCAUCCUCAGUGUAUGAUAACAAAAUAAAGGUUUCAGUAUUCACCA